GUCAGUGUUUCCCGCGCGGGCUCGAAGAGAGGUAGAAGUACCGUGCGCUUCUCAAUCUUCAUCUGCCACACGGUUUAGCUGCAACUCGUUGCCGCCAAGACUUUUUACGGGACACUUAGCGGAAGUUAGUUUUCUUACUUCGUGUUUGUGCGCUUAUGCUAAGAAAUUAAGCAUGAUGUUGUCCUCUCCGUGUUAUUAAAACAGAUUUGGCAUAACUUCUAACUUACUUCAGUUGAAGUUGGAGUUGCAAAAUUCGGAAGUGAAGCCGAUACGGCCUACCGGUAUGUGAUUUUGUGUGAUUUAUUUAUCGCAUAACAGUGAUUACACAGUGAGAACGAACAUGGCUGCUGGUUGUCACUGAAAACUGGGACGUUGUAAAAAAAAAAAUAGUUGGAAUUUAUUCCCUCGGUUGUAAUUGAAAACUUCUCUCGUGACUUUUGUUUUGAUCUAGAAGUGAUGGCAAACUGAGCGAAAUAUUGUGGUGCGAGUGGUAUUUUCUGCAUAUUCAUCUGGGUCAGAGGGUUGAGUUGCUGCUGCACAGGACCGGCCAUGGUUGCCACCCUCCUGGAGGCCGUCUCGCGGUCUCUGAGGCUCUGGAUCUUCUUCGGUGUCCAAAGCAUCAGCGCGACUGACAGAGGCCCUGGGCCCUUGCUGGUGCUGGAGCCAGCAUCCAGGACUUACCUGACCAAUAACACAGGUGUGACUCUGCGAUGUGCCGCUCUAGGGACCCCUCCCCCAACCAUCACCUGGCAGGGUGCUGCCGGCGACGUGGUGACCUCACAUCCAGGCAUCAGAGACUUGCUGCCGGAUGGUUCGCUGUGGCUGGCACCCUUGACACACGCUGGUUCCAGGUCCCCCAGAGCAACAUUCCGGUGCAGAGCCAGUAACCCUUCAGGAGCAGUCAUCAGCAGGGAAACAACCCUGAGUACAUUGCUGAUGUCUGACGUGUCGGUGACGGCGGAAGCAUCCACGGCAUCCAUCGGAGGCCUCGGAAUGAUCAGGUGCAGAGUGGGUGGAGGAAUGGGCAGUGCCGUUGGCGGAUGGGUGAUCACAUCUUGGCUUAUUCAGAACUCGCCAACCUCCAUACCCGUUCCUAUUCUCGAUACUGGACGGUACGUGUAUGGCUCCGACCGGACGCUCUACAUCCAAGACGUGACUGAGAGGGACGCUCAUUCCUCCUUCAGGUGUCGGAUCAGGCACCGGGCUUCCCAGACACCCAUCACGAGCACUCCUGCUGUCCUCAGCGUUGCAGCGACGCCCAGUGCUGACUCCCCGCCAAGGAUUGACCAAGAGGGCCCAAGGAUGCUGGAGGUCGUGGAGGGAAAGCCAUUCACCAUCCCUUGCGUGGCGCAUGCGCAUCCGCCGCCUCAUUUCAGCUGGUCCCGCGACGGCGUGAGCGGCGACCUCAGCACCAUGGGCGUUGGGAUGAGCGUGACAGCAGGAAGGGCGUGGGUGAGAGGUGCCAUCUUGGGUGGCCUGAGGGCCAACGCUGCAGAUGCCGGAGGCUACACCUGCGUGGCUGCAAACGCUGCAGGAACGGACACGGCUCAUUUCACCCUGACCGUCAUGCAGGAGUUGCAGGUCGACGCUCAGCCCCAAUUCCAGAGAGUGUCAGCCGGUAGCCGAGCAACCAUCCACUGUCGAGUGUCCGGUUCGCCCGUGAGUGAAGUGAGAUGGUACAAGGACGGAGCCCUUCUGCACCCUCACGCCCACUCUCACAUCAUGCUGCAGGGGAGGGACACGCUUAUCAUUUCCGCCGUGGGUGAGAGAGACGCCGGCAUGUACCAGUGCAUGGCAGCCAACAAUUUGGGAGAAUCACAGGCCUCCAGUGAACUCACUAUCAGAGAUUCUCCCCCUACCUUGCGCCACACUUUCAUAGAACAAACCAUCCAGCGGGGUCAGACUGUGUCUAUAAAAUGCAGCGCCCUCGGUCACCCAACGCCUGAAAUCACAUGGACACUGGACGGGCGUAUCAUCACCCCCACCAACCACUAUGGUAGAGGGCGCGUCAGUGUUGGAUCUUGGGUAGACGACAGUGGCCAAGUUGUGAGCCAAGUAAACAUCACCCGGGCGGAGUACUUGGACGGCGGAGUGUACACUUGCUUAGCAGCCAGCAUGGCGGGAAGAGUCCAGCACAGAGCUAGGCUCAAUGUCUAUGGUCCUCCGACUAGUCGAACUCAAGCCAACGUGAGCGUGGCUGCGGCCACUGAGGCAACUCUCAUCUGCCCUGUGGCAGGAUACCCUAUCACUUCUGUUUCUUGGAUGCUGCACAACAGGCCGCUGACUCCCACUGCUAGAAGGUCUCCCCGUGGGGAUGGGACGCUGGUUAUUCAAACUGUGGAAGCAGAUCAGGAUGUCGGCAAGUACACCUGCACAGCCUCUGAUUCGCAGGGAAGAACUGCAACCGCAUCGUUUUACCUGUCCGUCGUUGGGCCGCCGGUUUUGGCUGACCUGAAAUUUCCCGACGGGCUGGUGGAAGGAAUGCGAUUCUCCCUGGCGUGUUCCCUUCUGAGCGGCGACCUGCCCAUAAGCCUCCGCUGGACCCGUGACGGAAGGGCGCUGCCUCAGGACCCGGUCCUGACCGAGACGCAUUCGCGCUUCUUCUCGAACCUGGUCUUCUCCGACAUUAGGGCCAGACACGCCGGCCACUACACCUGCACCGCCUCCAACGUGGCUGCCUCCUCCACCGUCUCCGCCGCCAUGCACGUCCAAGUUCCUCCAUCAUGGGUGGUGGAGCCUUCCGACGUAUCUGUGGUAGGAGGAGAAGAAGUGGCCCUGGAGUGCCACGCGCAAGGGACACCCUCGCCUUCCGUCACCUGGAAAAGGACGUCCAAUGGCGUGGGAGUAGAGGAAUGGGCGUCUGUCGUGGGUGAUGGAUGGCGAAUGAAAACACCGAGACCAGGGUCACUGCGCAUACGGGACGCCAGGGCAGAGGACAGCGGCCGGUAUUUAUGUGAGGCCUCCAACGGAAUCAACCCCCCGCUCUCCAAAACGGUCUCGCUCACCGUUCUUGAGGGCGCCCGUGUCGAAAACCGCAUGGCGAAUGUCUCUGCUGCCGUUGGCGACACCCUGUCCAUAAGGUGCCCAGCCCGGGGCGAUAUCCCCAUUUCCUUCGCUUGGUCCAGGGAUGGAAUCGCUCUCUCUGCCUCCCCUCCCUCGGGAAUGGAAAUGAGACUGGAUGAUGGUGGGCGCACCUCUGUUCUGGUCAUCAGGCCAACCACCCGCGCCCACGCUGCCGUGUAUUCCUGCCAGGCCACCAACAGAUACGGCACGGAUUCUUCCACCAUCUUUGUUAAUAUUGUUGAGCGGCCAGAUCCUCCAGCCCAUGUCCACGUGCAGAACGUGACGAGCCGCCAGGUGAAGUUGGCAUGGGCGCCGCCCUUCGACGGGAAUUCUCCCCUCACCCACUACCUCCUGCAGCACUGGCUCGCACGCUCUCACACCCAGACUCCUCUCAACACGACCCUCCCGCCAGACGUCACUGAAGCUGUUUUGAAGGACUUGUCACCUGGCACAGCCUAUCACGUGCAGGUGGUGGCCGUUAACCAGAGGGGAGUGUCGCCCCCGUCUCCUACCUUAAGCAUCACUACCCUCCACGAGCCGCCCACAGCGCCUCCCACAAGAUUACGAGCACUCGCCCACAAGCCUGGAACCAUCACCGUUAGCUGGCAGCCUCCAGCACCUCACCUGAACCCCGGGGAGGUGACGGGGUACCAGGUGGGCUACCAGGAGGCGGACAGCGACGACCCGAACGAAUUCCAGUGGCGCAGCGUCAAGCGGACAGAAAUGACGACAGAGUUGGCGGGGUUACGCCAUUACACGGCCUACACUGUCACAGUCCGGGCCGUCAAUUCCGUCGGAUCAGGACCGCCCUCGCAGGCCGUCACCGUCACCACUAGUCAAGGGGUUCCUUCUGCGCCUCCGGACGGCGUCCAGUGCGACCCCCUCACGUCCCAAGCCCUUAGAGUGCGCUGGAACCCUUUGGCUCCUCAUUUAUCCAAUGGUCCUGUCCAGGGAUACAAAGUCUUCUACAAGCGUACUACAAACAUUGAAGGUACUAAUCCCGUAGAGAUCAAGCGAACAACCAACCUGGAGACGAACUUGCAUGGAUUAGGCCGCUUCACCAACUACAGCAUCAGGGUUCUGGCCUUCACAGCAGCCGGAGACGGAGUUGUCUCGAACCCUGUUUUCUGCCUCACUCUGGAGGACGUGCCCGCCGCCCCUCCCCAGGUCAAGGCCUUGGCAUCCAGCAAGAGCAGCGUCGUGGUUUCAUGGCUGCCACCCGCCAGACCCAAUGGAGAAAUCAGCUACUACACACUCUAUUACCGACCCCUCAACUCUCAUCAGGCAACAAGAAGUUUGAAGGUGGGAGUGGAAGUUGGAGCGUCUUCAUGGGCCGAGAUCAGUCGAGAAGUGGUUGGUCUGGACAGCCACGCCCGUUACGAAUUCUGGGUAACGGCCUGGACCAGGGUUGGCGAAGGAGCUGCCUCCCGGGUUGUCUCUCAGAAUCCUUCAUCCAAAAUUGGUGCCAAGGUUCGGUCCUUCGGACAGACGGUGGAAGUUGUGGCAGGAGGCUCCCUCACACUGCCCUGCGUUGUGGUGGGAUCACCAGCGCCUGCUGUCGUCUGGACACACGUAUCGAGGGACAAAACCCUUCAGCCUCCAAGUCUGCCAGACAAUUCUCUCCACGUAUCUGUCGUAGGCGCUGACGCGGCAGGAAAUUACACGUGCCAUGCCCACAAUCCUAAUGGGCGUGACGAAGUGAUGUGGGAAGUGAAAGUCAUCCAAGCGCCGCCCCCUCCUUCUCUGACGGUCAAAUACUCCACGGAGACCUCUAUUCACCUAUCGUGGGUCACAGCCGGAAACGGGGGGAAACCAAUUACAGGAUAUGUUGUAAGAUAUGCUCUGGAGGAUGAGAACGCGUGGAUCGAGGAGAACAUUGAGCCCGGGGAGACGAAGUAUUCCUUGGAAAAUCUCAGAUGUGGCUCUACCUACCGUGU